AGGGGUCCGCCCCUCCCCUUCGCACUCCCCGCCCGGGGGCGGCCCGAGCGCGGCCCCGCCCGACAGCUGCCCUGUCGCCGCGCCCGCCCUCCCAGCCGCCACCUGCUGCUCGGCCGAGUCGGCGCCCCGCCGGACAUGGCUGGCAAAGCACACAGGCUGAGCGCAGAAGAAAGGGACCAGCUGCUGCCAAACCUGAGGGCUGUGGGGUGGAAUGAGCUGGAAGGCCGAGAUGCCAUCUUCAAGCAGUUUCAUUUCAAAGACUUCAACAGGGCUUUUGGCUUCAUGACAAGAGUGGCCCUGCAGGCUGAGAAACUGGACCACCAUCCUGAAUGGUUCAACGUGUACAACAAGGUCCACAUCACCCUGAGCACCCAUGAGUGUGCAGGCCUUUCAGAACGGGACAUAAACCUGGCCAGCUUCAUCGAACAAGUGGCAGUGUCCAUGACAUAGGCACUACCCUUUGGCUUCAAAUUCCUCAGGGGAAGGGGAACCAGAGAGGGAACAAGGGAGACUGAAACGUUGCUACAGUCAAAACUGACAUUGCUGCCUCUGUUGGGGCUGAGUCCUUGCUAUGGAAAGAGGAGAUGCCAGCACCACUGCCGACAUCACGUUGUUUUUCCCCACCCCACUCUCUCCACCCUUGGGGCACUGUUACAUGUACACUAAUUCGAAUAAACUCUUUCUUUAUAACUUC